AUGAGACCACUUCUUGCCUGCACCACCUUGUUCUCUGCUGCUCUAGCUGACCUUCCAGUCCAUUGCCUCCGGCACCAGAUCUCUGGCAGAUGGGAGCUCUUCCGCGGCCCAGCAGGGCCGAGGCGCAGCUCCUGCGGACACCAGCUUCCAGACGACGAGGCCGCGCAGCCGCCCGUGGAGCUGCCCGAAGUGGCCGAGACGAUCUUGGUCGAACUGAAAGACCCGAAUGUGGCCGUCACCAGCCAGACACGCGAUGGUCGAUGGACGAUGAUCUACGAUGAAGCCAUGGAGGUGAACGUGGACGGCUACUCCUUCCUUGCCUUUCACAAGUUUGAGCUCUUUCAUAAAGAUGGCGCGCAGCAGAACGUCUCGCGUUGUGGGGAGACGCAGCUCGGCUGGUACCACGACGAUGCUCGCAAGAACUGGGGCUGCUUCUACGCCCGCAAGGUCCGCAACCCGGAGGAGACGGCUGAGGUAUUCACCACGUCCUCCCCGCGAGCAGCAGUGCCGCCUCGCGCGUCGCAAGAGCGCUUGGAUGCAACCUACCACAACUCCUUCGCAGCCACCCUCAACUCUUUGCAGGACUGGUGGACGGCGAAGGUCUACGACCGUUUUGUGGGCCAGACGUUGCACGAGAUCAACUCCAUGGCCGGCAUCUUCCGACCUUUCUCCCAGGCCCAGCGCAAGGAGACGGAUCCCUACUUCGGCACCGGCCAUGGCGAGUCCAUCCCGUCCUUCCUGCAGCAGGCGCGUGCGCGGACGAAGGCGGUGAAAGGACGCCGCCCAUUGCCUUCGGCUUGGGACUGGCGGAACGUCUCUGGUGUGAGCUACCUCGACGAGGUCAUUGACCAGGGAACUUGUGGCUCCUGUUACAUCGUGGCCACCACGCACAUGCUGGCAGCGAGAUACCGCAUCCAGCACAAGAAUCCUGACUUUCCUGGGUUCUCCUUCAACUUCCCGCUCUUCUGCUCGGAGUACAACCAGGGCUGCAAUGGCGGCUAUGCGUUCUUGGCCUCCAGAUGGGCGCAGGACGUGGGCUUGGUGCCGAAGAACUGCAGCCACUACGAUCCCGAGAACUUGCUCGGCAGCUGCGAACUGAAGUGUGAUGUGGCCGCGCUGCAGAAGACCUGGCGCGCGACCAAUCACCACUAUGUUGGGGGCUACUACGGCGCUGCGUCUGAGGAGGCCAUGAAGCAGGAGCUGGUGGAGCGAGGGCCCCUGGUGGUGUCUUUCGAGCCCCAGAGCGACAUCGUCUACUACACCCGCGGGGUGUACACCAGUGCACCCCACCAGCGCUCGGAGUGGGAGCCGGUGGACCAUGCGGUGCUGCUGGUCGGCUAUGGCGCUGACAACGGCCGAAAGUACUGGAUCUUGCAGAACUCCUGGGGAAAGGACUGGGGCGAGGACGGCUACAUCCGCAUGCUUCGCGGCGAGGACGAGAGCGGGGUGGAGUCGAUCGUGGUCGGUGCAGACGUCGUGGAGGAGGCGCAGCCUACAAUGCUGCUGCAGCUGGCUUCCACACUCGCAUAG